GAUGAAGCUGAACAACUAUUUGUUCAAUGUAAUCGUUGGGACUUGGUUAUUCGGUUACAUCAGUCACUCGGUAAUUGGAGCAAAGCUUUGAUAACCGCUGAACAGCACAAUCGUAUGUUACUGCGUAGUAUUCAGUAUGCAUAUGCUAAAGAAUUGGAAUCUGUGGGUAAUAUUCCGCAAGCAAUUGAACAGUAA